AUGCAUCUAAGUACAGCACUUACAGAACUCGUUAUUCCUAUAGUAGAUGAAAGUAAUUUAACACAUACGCAUUUAUUUACACGUCGUAAUGAUUCAAAAGAUGAUACUUUUUAUGAUACUUUAAUGGCAACAACGGCCGCACCCACUUUUUUUCCACCUUAUGAGAUAAAGGGCAGAGGUUUUUUCCUAAACGGAGCUUUACAUCUUAAUAAUCCAGCAAUGGCAGCAUAUGAGAAAGCCAUUCAAUACGAUGCAGCAAAAGAAAAGAUUUUUGUUCUUUCUUUAGCACAAAAUCUUCACAAAGUAGUUCUACCACAACAAGAAAACAAUACUGAUCGUUCAAUGUAUAAUUUAUUGGGAAAAUGCUAUCAACGAUGGCAAGUUUGGUUUGAAGAGCCAAUAAGUCUGGAUGAUUGCGAAAGGGUUCCUCAUCUCCUAGAAUUAGGCAAUCAGUAUAUAGAAAAGCUUGAUGCUUCAGAUGAGAAUCCUAUAAAUAACCAUAAGUACCACACAAGUGACACAACAUAUGCUAAUUAUUUAAGAAUUAACGGUAAAAUAGACCGAGCUGAUAAACAGGAAAAUCUAGCAAAAAAAUUUGAAAAAUUUAUUGAAAAACCUAAAAAGUUAGCAGAUACUUAUAAAACAAAUUCAAGAUUAUUUACGGAAACUAUAUUAGGAGAUGAAGAGAAUAUUCAAGAAGCCGUAGAGAAAGAAAUAAAAAUUAUCCAAAAUACUUUAGAAAAGAAAUUUAUAGAAACUAUUCGACAUAUUUUAAACAAUUUAAUGAAAUGCUCAAAAUUUUUGAAGACUAUAAGGAUAUCGUUAUCGCAGACUUCAGAUACUAAUAAGCGAUCGGAAGAUCAAACUUCAAGAAUCAAAGAAAAUAAGAAAUUGAUUUCUUCUUUAAAUAUUUUAAAAUCAUUAGCUGUUAAAGCAGCCUAUUCAAAAAGAUUAACUUUUAUAUAUCAUGCUCUAAAUUCUCCAAAUAAAAAAGAAAUCUUAUUUAGUAAUACUCAAUUUACAGAAGAAGAAAUUAACAAACGGUUUAGGGAACUAGCUUUAUACUUCCAUUCUGAUAAAAUGAAUCGACCUAAUACUUCAAUUUGGCUUCAAGAGACACAUAAAAACUUGGGUACUGAACUAUUUUUUGUGAUAAUAGAAUUUAAAGAUAACUUGUUGAAUGAUUUGAAGAAAAUUUUACAAAAUGAAGGCUAUCUGACUUUUCAUGAAAAAAAUGCAAAUAAGCUUUGGAAAAUCGCAAUUGAUUAUCGUAAUGCAGUUAAGGAGCAAUGGAGUAAACUGAGACUUCUGAGAAAAGAGGAUAUUGAGGAAAUUCCUUCUGAAAAAUUAAAGAGCUUGAGCAUAGAAUUACGUGGAAAUAUGGCAUUAUGUUUAUACAUUUCUAACAAGUUUAUUGAAGCUCAGUUAUAUGCUUUAGCAGCAAUUCAACUGCAUCUUAAAAAUUCUCAAAAGGUUAAGGAUGGAGAUCCUAUGGCGGAUACUAGAGAGAAUGAUGAUUCAGUGGAUGUUGAAGAAACUCCUGAAUUAGAUACUGAGAUCAAUAUAGAAGAUAGAUCUGAACAUACGAUUGCUUUAGUAAAAACAGUUGAUCAAGAAUUCUCCUUUUUUGACAAGAAGACUAUUCAAAAUUCAAUUAAUAAUGAUAUGGCAAAAGUAAGUAUUAAAUUAAUGCUUAAAGCAGAUCGGAGUUUAGUUCGUUAUCAAAUACCUCAAGAAGAAAUUUUACAUGCCAAAAAUUGUGCUUUAAAAUAUAAAGCAUCAGGGGUUGUGGCUAUGGGAGGAGCGAUGAUUGUGGGAACAUCAGUAACAGUGGCUGCUUGCUUUAAUAUUUAUGAGGCAGUAGCUAUAAUAGGAGGUGGUCCAUUUGCACUUAUCGGAGGAUUGCUUGCUCUUGGUUUAGAAAUAUGGGCUGGUGUAAACUUAUGGAAAAGAGGAAAUAAACUCUUAGAAGAGCCAAAAAUUUGUGAAAAGCUUAAUGAGAUUAUGGUCAAUGUAUUAAAAGCUUAUGAUAAAGGAGAAUAUCGGAAAUUUAUUGAUGCAUUUUCUGAGGAAUUUAAAAAAGACGGAUGUCUCUUAAAAUUAGAAAAACGUGAAGAUACUUUUGAUACUAAAUAUAUAAUAGAUACCCUUUUAAAUUAUGGUUUUAGAUCCGAUGGUAUUGCCUAUCUAUUAAAUUUACUUGGUGAAGUCUUAUGUAGUGGAAAAAUUAAAAUUAAAGGGAAAGUACCAAAAGAUUUAAAAGAACUAGCAAUGAAAGCUUUUGAUGGAGUAUUGAAUGAAAAACUUGAAAAUGAAGCCAGAAGAUUGGAUGAUCGUAUUCAUGAAUUACGAGAGAAAAACCACAUAGCUAGUAUGCUCAGUAAAUUUAGAGAUUUUGUCUCAUUAGAAGAAUAUAAAAGUAUAGCUCAAGAACAUAAAGAUGAUUCCCAAGAAAUGCCUUUUCAAUCAAGGUUAGAAGAAAUGCGUAAUAUUACAAAGAUUAAUCAGGCAAUUUUUGAUAUAUUAGAUGCUGGUAAAGAAGAAAUUGAGCGAGCUAUUAAAACUAUUAAAGAAGUUCGAGAUUCAAUUAACAGUUUAUUAGCGUAG